AUGUCAGCGUAUUUCCAAUUCGAUCUCAACAAUCUCAACAUGGCCAACGACGACUUUCUCCUGUACGGCGACGAGGCCAAUGCACUCAGCGUGAACAAGACACCCACCGACCAGAUGAAUGAUCUGUUAUGGAAUUUCGAUUACAAUAAUUUCGCGGUCGAUGAUACCGACGGCGAACUGUUCAAUAACAAUGUGUACAACAUGUCUAUUGAGGACAACCAAAUCCAAUCCGACAGUCAAUGGCAGCAACUCUUAUCCAGUCCCGCAUCAACCUCCCCUUCCUUGACCGACGGCGCCAGCCCACGCAGCAGAAGCACCAGCCAAGUCCCCGAUGAGCUCCCCGCAGUCGUCACAAAGCCCAGAACCACAAAACGCAAGCGCAGCCCCGUGGUCAACAAAGAAGCACACAACAAAGUCGAGAAACGAUAUCGAUCGAAUAUCAAUGCCAAAUUCGCUGCGCUCAAUGAUAUUCUCCCUGUUUCAGACGCGGUGCAGAGUCUGCUGGAUAGACAAUUCGGCGAUGAGCCGGCGCAACAGCAUCGCAAUAAAGGCGAAGUCCUCAGCGAAGCGAUGCGAUAUAUCAAACAACUCGAAGAAAGGAGCCGUCUGUUGGAAAGCGAGGUCCAGAUUCUCAAAGACAAUCUUUUGCCUCGGCGGAGAAGAGUUGCGCCUCUAUGA